CUCCAAUUCCUUUGAACCAUCUGAUCGGGUCGUUUUUCCCAUCCUUCAAUAAGCUUCAGCCAUUUUCUUGUCGUGCAUUAUUUUCCCGUCAUUCAUUAAAACACAUUUUUUUUUUUUGCAGAGCUAGAUCGACCACGGCCGCCUCUUUUGGCCCUCUACGUUGCGCCCAAAACUCCAUUUCUAGACAUCGCCAAAUCCACUGUGAACCCCUUUUAUUUAUUGGGCCAACCCACCCUGCGGGCGCGACGAGACGGUUGCGGAAAAACCAUGGCGCGACGACAACACAUAACGCUCCUGCUGGUGGGCGUCAUGUUCUUUUUGGCCAUGACGUACUUUGUUUCGAGCAGCGGCGGCGGCGGACGGGACCCCACGAGGAUAUUAUCCGACGAGACGUGGAGGAGCAGCAGCAGCCACAACAGCAACGGUGCUGGUGGUGCCCUUUCGGAGAGCAUUCUAAAGGGUGGAUCUAUUGCGCCCAAGUUGGAGAAUGCGACUGCGAAAGCGGAACUCGGCCGCGCGUCGUGGAAGUUGUUCCACACGAUGAUGGCGCGGUUUCCGGAGGAGCCGACGGCGGAUGAUAGUCUUGCGCUGAGGACGUAUAUACAGUUGUUUGCGAGGUUGUACCCCUGUGGGGACUGUGCUUCGCACUUUCAGAAGCUGCUGGAGAAAUACCCGCCUCAGGUGAGCAGUCGGAAUAAUGCGGCGGGGUGGGCUUGCUUUGUGCAUAAUGAGGUUAAUAGGAGGUUGAGGAAGGAGUUGUUUGAUUGUAAUAAUAUUGGGGAUUUUUAUGAUUGUGGGUGUGGGGAUGAUGGGAAGGGGAAGAAGAAGGAGGGGGAUGGUGGCAAGGAAAGGAGGAGGGGGUAUGAGAUUGAGGUUGGGGAGGGGGUUAGUUUGGAGAGGGAGGAGGGGUUGGUUAGGGGGGGCUGA